AUGCGCGAACUAACUAGGGUUCGUUCACGAGCUAUCCGCCUUGAAUGUACGCUGAAGGCACAGAGAGCUGAGGGGCUCAUGAAUGGUUUGGAUAACUAUAGGUAUCUCACAGCGAAAGAGGACAGAAGGGAUGAAGAAGGAUCAUCCAGACGCGAUCGAGUGAGAGGAAGUCAUACAUGGACUGAAGAGGAGCGUAUCAUAGCGUUCCAUUGUCUGCUGCGGUACGGUAAAGAUUUCGACGCUGUUGCUGAAGUGCUAGGAACGAAAACUUCGGAUAAAGUGAAAAGUUUCUACUCAGACAUGAAGUCAGACAUCGAUAAGUUACUUGAAAAAGAAGCCGAAAAGGAAGCUGAAAUGGUAAAAGCGUUUGACGUUGAGCAGGAAGUUUUCCUGUUCCGAUCUCUACGCGAAACGGUUGGACUUUUUGUUUUUAUCGAUAAUGUGUUUUAUGAUGUCGCUUGGUUUUUUUUCCAAAUAACACCCGUGCUUCAGCAGAUGAGUACGGAGCAUUUCACAUCUCCAGCUGAUUCCACUGGGCUCGUCAAUUCCAGUCGGGCUGAGGCCAUGAGAUACAAUGCGAGCCAUAACCACCGUCCAGCAUCUUCUCGGAAGUUGUUCGCAAGCAACACUGGGGAUAGUAGGAGUCACUCUGAGGAAGGCGCUCGAGAGCUAGAACCGGAGGAGGGAGGCCUCGAUGACAGAGACGACGGAGCAGGCAAUAUUGGAAACAAGUCUAUAAUGACGAGCGAGACGCUCUUCGGUCACUUGAACAAAAUGUUCUCAAAACUAAGCGAGGACAUGGAUAAGGUCCGCAGUAUUUAUGGAGAUGGAAACUUCUUUGUGCAAUCAUCUAUUUCGUUUGAAGCAGAACUGAAUGAACUAAAUAAACUUUGUGAAGCUGAUGCGCGUGAUCAACUUGAACGGUACGCGCUUCGUUGCCAUGUAAGUGAGCGUGAAAAGGAGCAGCUUCAUAGAAGAAACCAUGAGCUCAAUAGCGUUGUUGAGAUUCUCCGAACACAGGUGAUUCGUGGUCAAAACAAAAUAGUUGAGCAAAUGCGUGAUCUUACGAAGCAAGCUAUCAACGCCCUACGUGACUUGGAGCAGACGUCCUCAGCAGAGAUCCAGAAGUGGAAGCAGAAACAUGCAUUGUCACUGGCGCAAAGCAACACCUUUCAAAACCAACUCAAACACACAACAGCUCAGCUUGAAGCGAAAAAGGAGAUUAAUUCUAAAGUUGCUGAGAUCCGUGAGCUGACCGAAAAACUUAAAAAGGUAGAAAGCGCCGCUGAAGCUCAUGUGAAGCGGCGUGAAGAAGAGAUCACGAAGCAGAUGGACGACUACUUGCAAGAAACAAAGCUGGUAGACGCUGAGAGGGAGCGGCAUGCUCGAAUGAGGAUAUUGGAAGCGCAACAGCGUAUGAAGAUGGCAGAAGACGAACGAGACGAAGCUGAGAGACGUGCAAAAGUAGCUGAAGAGAAGGUGGCUGAUUAUGAAGCGAAUUUCAUAAAGUACCGAGGUCAAAUGGAAGGUGAAGCAUUGCGGGCGAUCACAAAUGGUUACAGAAAUGCAUUGUCCGCUAUUCCAUCAGCAAGACGAGAUGUUAACUCUGGUAUUGAUCGAUUGUUUCCGCUCAUCAAAUCAUCUGCUUACUCUGAGAAUAAUGAACCACCGGCUGAUCCAUGUGAAAAAUCGUUAACUGCUCGCAACUCUCGGACAAGGUUGCCCUCACGAACGGAAACGUUAUCUGCUCGAUCAGGAUUGUCCAAUCAGAAAAGAAAGAAGUGA